UGGUUUUAUUCCCUUAGAAUAUUUUCCUUUAGGAUUAUAGAGUCAUGAUGAGGCAAAGUACAAAAAUCCACUUUAAUCUUUGAAUUGUAGAUGUGUGGGAAGGAGCUAAAGAGAUUGUCCUCGGAAAAAGGAAAGUUAUGUUAACAGCAGAUAUUGUCCGAGAAGAACUAAACAAAGUGAAGCACUUAAAAUGAUCAAGAAUCCAUUGCCAAGGCUGAUUUGAUUUACAAGUCAGAAAACAAUUUUACAAUGGAUGACAAAGCAGAAACAAUGUCUUAUCAUUGGCGAGUUCAGCAGUUUUGGAAAAAAUUUGGCAGAUUGCCCUCUGACAAGAAUUUGGAUUUAAACAAUUGUACGUUGAAUGCAGUGGAUAUAAUGGAGCUGACUACUGUAAUAUCACUGCUGCCGGAUUUGGAAGAGAUUGAUCUUUCCUGGAAUGACUUCAUAGGAGGAGCACUAGAACCUCUGGCCCUUCAGUUCAAACAUCUGCAAGAGCUGAAAAUCCUCCAGCUGAACAGCUGCAGGCUCACAACCAAGGAUGUGGCGUGUUUAGGAGAAGCACUAGAAGGAAUUUCUCACCUUGAAAUACUAGAUUUAUCAUGGAAUCCUGGCGUUGGAGGAAGCCUUUCCCUUCUAACCUCCAAAAUCCUCAAAGGCUCUAAACUCCAUACAUUAAAAGUAACAGAUUGCUGUCUUACUCAGGAAGAUGGCAAAUCACUAGCCGAGCUUCUAAGUAGGAUCCCCAGCCUCAAAAUUCUGGACUUGUCAAUCAAUGUAAAAUUGGGAUGUAGCCUUAAAAAUAUUGCUCAGAAAUUACAGUUUGUCUCAAGGUUGCAAGUAUUAAAUCUGAAUGCAUGUGGAUUAGAACAAGAUGGCUUCCAUUCCCUAGAUGCUGCUUUCCAAUAUUUAUCGGAAUUGAGAAUAUUAGAUGUAUCAUGCAAUAAAUUGAUUGGAGGAGUUUUCCAGUCUUUGGCUGGUCAUUUGGCCAGUUUAAGUAACCUUGAAAUCCUGAAUCUUCACCAGUGUUGUAUUAAAGAAGAGGACAUGUUGGUUUUAUCCCAGAUAAUACCUCUUUUGUCAAAUCUUCGGGAACUGAAUAUAUCCUCAAAUACAAAUGUAGGGAUAUCCACCUAUCAUCUUCUUAGCAGACUCCGAUUUUUACCAAAACUGACAUCUGUGCUCCUCAGCAAUUGUGCCUUGCAAUAUGAUUCAUUUCUUUCUAUAGCUGAUGCUGUCUCUCAUCUUCCUGAACUGAAGUUACUAGACCUUUCUUGGAAUAAAUGUGUUGGUGGGAACUUGAAGCUGAUUCUGAAAGCUUUAAACCCUGAUUCCAAGAUCCAAAUGUUAAGGGUGAGCAGCUGCAGCUUGGUGGAUGAAGAUAUGAUUGAUUUGGCUUUGAUAAUCCAGGCUGGGCAUCUGGCUCAGCUAAAGAACCUGGACCUCAGCUAUAACAAUAGUAUUUCAGACCAAGGAUGGGAGACCUUCUGCAUAAGCCUAUCUACUCUUGGGCAACUUUCUGAAUUGGAUAUUAGCUGUCGUCCUUCAUCCCGGCGUGGCUGUGGGGAAUGGCUUGGGAAGCUGUUGGAUGCCCUAUCUCAGAUACUUCUGUUCACAGACCUAGAACUAAAUGGUUGGCUUCUCUCUGCAGCUCAGCAAAAGCUACUUGAAGAUUCCAGGUUGAAUAAGAAACGAAAUGUCCAUUGUAACCUUUGAUAUGGAGCCUAAAAUUUUGGAGUAGCAUACAACGGGUUAGUUGGUGGAUUGAUACCCAUUUUCUCCAAAUGCUAAAAUGCUACAGCAGGGAGUCUCCAGACUUGGCAGCUUUAAGAUUUGUGGAGUUCAACUUCCACAAUUCCUUAGCCAGCCAAAAGGUUAGAUGGGAAAGAUGGAGAACUACGUCUAAUAUCUAAGAUAAGAGUUUCCUAGUCAGUUGUGUCUGACUCUAGAGAAGGCUUCUCCAACCUUGGCAACUUUAAGACUUGUGGACUUCAACUCCCAGAGUUCCUCA